AGAUCCGAGCUCAACUUGUUGAGCAGCAGAAAUGUCUGGAGCAGCAGACUGAAAUGAGAGUGCAACUUCUUCAAGAUCUGCAAGAUUUCUUCCGCAAGAAGUCUGAAAUAGAGAUGGAGUAUUCCCGAAACCUGGAAAAACUGGCAGAGAGGUUCAUGGCAAAGACAAGAAGUACAAAGGAUCAUCAGCAGUACAAGAAAGAUCAGAACCUCUUGUCACCAGUGAAUUGCUGGUACUUACUCCUGAACCAAGUGAGAAGAGAAAGCAAAGACCAUGCAACACUGAGUGAUAUCUACCUGAACAAUGUGAUCAUGCGGUUCAUGCAGAUAAGUGAAGACUCCACCAGAAUGUUCAAGAAG